CCGUCAUCAGUAACAUAAAAACUAGUGUAGUCGCCGCACUUCACAGAAAUUCCCUAGAAUUUUUGAUGACGUAAUGAGCUUGUAUUUUAUCGACUGGUCUCAGUGGCGGUGGUGAGCGGCGUAAAAACUUCCUCGGCAGGACUUCCUAGUGUGAUAUUUGUGGUAAGCAAUGAGUGAACCAGAGCAUGAAUAUGAAGAGGUACACUUUCAAGAUUUCUGUGUGAGUGACACUAUUGAAACACAUGAGGAAAUAGAAGAAUAUGAAGAACAAGAAAUUGAACUUCCUACUGAGGCAAUCUACACCUCUGAGCCCAUCACAGUCAGGAACAUUAGACCCUCACCACACUCCAGCCAAAAGAGGAGAGGACACCUUCCCAAAACAUCAGUGAAAAUAUUAAAAAAUUGGUUAUAUGAACACAGAUUCAAUGCUUAUCCAACUGAAGCAGAGAAACAGAUCCUCUCUGAGGAAACCAAUCUCACUUUUCUGCAGAUUAGCAACUGGUUUAUCAAUGCCAGGAGACGAUAUUUGCCUGAAAUGAUGAGAAAAGAGGGUUUUGAUCCUGAUCAUUAUACAAUUUCAAGACGAGGUAAACGUUUGGGCAAUGCAUCUACGCCGACCAGGAAACGAAAACAUGGAGAGGAGGAUGAGGACGAAAAUUACACCGAAGAACUCGAAGAUUGCAUUGUAAACGGUGAAUGGGUACAGCAAACUGGAGGAAAAUUCAACCCAUGGCAGGCAGAUAUUCAUUAUGGACUCACACUGGACUCGAACGAUUUUGCGAGUCGAGGAUCCGACGAGACUAACGAGUUGAACGAGUCGAGUUUGAUAACGAACGCGAGUCAAAUCGGCACGACGAAUUCAAAUUUGAUUCUGGUGAAAACAGCAUCCGGAAAGAAUGUUGUAUUGAAAGUGGUACCUCAAAACAACGUCGAUGAUAAAGGAAAAUCAUUUUUGUUACAAACGAAAGCGGUCUCUGUGAGUACCGUGGUACCAACAUUGAGCGUAAAAACAGAAACUAUUCAAGAUACAGAGCAA